UGUUCUCGUUCGGGGACGGGGGCGAGGGUUAGAAGGGGUAAGUGGGUUAGAAGAGCGUCUAGGCUGAGGGUAGGUUCUUAGAACAUUGGGAUAUUAAUGGGGAAGUCCAUAGAGCUAGUUAAGAUUCUUAAAGAGAGGAAGAUUAAUAUAGCUUGCGUCCAAGAGACCAAAUCGGUAGGUCCUAAAGCUAAGGAGGUAGACGGGUAUAAGCUUUGGUUCUCUGGUAAGUCGAAGUAUAGGAAUGGGGUAGGCAUUUUAGUAGAUAGAGAAUUAAGGGAUCAGGUGGUAGAGGUUCGGAGGGUAACUGAUAGGAUGAUGUCGAUUAAGGUGGUCGUUGAAGGGCUCACUUUGAACAUUAUUAGUGCGUAUGCACCGCAAGCGGGCUUAGGCGAGGAGGAGAAGAGACGUUUUUGGGAGGAUUUGGACGAGUUAGUGGGAGGCAUACCGCCUACUGAGAAGCUAUUCGUGGGAGGGGGUUAUGAUAAUGUGCAUGGAGGUUUUGGCUUCAGGGACAUGAAUGGAGGAGGAGUCUCACUUUUGGAUUUGGCAAGAGCUUUUGGGUUGGUGAUAGCCAAUUCGAGUUUCCCAAAGAAGGAGGAGCACUUGGUAACCUUCCGUAGUUCGGUGGCUAAGACUCAUAUAGACUUUUUACUCUUUAGGAAGGAUGAUAAAGGUCUGUGCAAAGACUGUAAGGUCAUCCCAAGUGACAACCUUACAACCCGACAUAAGCUCUUGGUGAUGGAUUUAGGGAUCAAGAUGACGAGAAAGAAGAGGGUCGUGGGUGACCGUCCUAGGAUCAGAUGGGGGAGUUUGACCAUGACUAGUGCCCUAGAGAUAGGCGAGAAAUUGAAGGCUGUGGGGGCCUGGGGUAGUAGUGGGGAUGCGAUCAGUAUGUGGGAUAGAACGGCUAGUUGCAUUAAGGUAGUAGCUAGGGAAGUGCUGGGGGUCUCAACAGGUAGUUGUGGUGGGCAUCGAGAGGAUUGGUGGUGGAAUGGAAAAGUGCAAGGGAAGGUGGAAGCAAAGGAGGUGGCGUUUGCGAAGUUGAUAGAAAACAAGGAUGAGGUGGAGAAGUGGACGAAUAGGGAACUUUAUAAGAUGGCGAGGAAGGAGGUGAAGUUGGCAGUUUCGAUGGCAAAAACGGCAGCUUUUGAACGCCUUUAUGCUGAACUAGAGAAAAAAGGCGGGGAUAAGAAAUUGUUCAAGCUAGCCAAGGCGAGGGAGAGGAGGGCACGUGAUGUGGAUCAAGUGAAGUGCAUCAAGGACGAGCAUGGAAAAGUAUUGGUAGAUGAGGCUCUCAUUAGACGGAGAUGGCAGUCAUACUUCCACAAACUCUUGAAUGAAGAAUGGGACAAGGACAUUGUGUUGGGAGAUUUAGAACAUACAGGGUGGCGUCACGAUUUUGGGUAUUGCAGGAGUAUUAAGGUUGAGGAGGUUAAGGGUGUUGUUCAUAGGAUGCGUAAGGGAAAAGAGACUGGACCUGACAAGAUUCCUAGGGAAUUUUGGAAGAUUGCGGGCUCAGCAGGUUUGAAGUGGCUGCUAGGUUGUUUAAUGUCAUCUUUAAGACGGCAAUGAUGCCCGAAGAAUGGAGGUCGAGAGUAAUAAUCCCUCUAUACAAGAACAAGGGCGAUAUCUAGAAUUGCAACAACUUUAGAGGUAUCAAACUGUUAAGCUAUACUAUGAAAGUGUGGGAAAGGGUGGUGGAGAUGAGGGUGAGGAGAGGCGUAUCUAUUUCAGAGAACCAGUUCGGAUUCAUGCCGGGACGCUCAACUACCGAAGCCAUCCAUCUUGUAAGGAGGCGGUGGAGCAAGUAUAGGGAGAGGAAGAGGACUUACACAUGGUAUUCAUCGACCUAGAAAAGGCUUACGACAAAGUUCCAAGAGAGAUCCUAUGGAGAUGCUUGGAGGCUAAAGGUGUACCUGUGGCGUACAUUAGGGUGAUUAAGGACAUGUAUGAAGGAACCAAGACCAGAGUAAGGACAGUAGGAGGAGACUCAGAGCACUUCCCAGUUGUGAUGGGGUUGCACAAGGAUCAGUUCUUAGUCCGUUUUUAUUUGCCUUGGUGAUGAAUGGAUUGACUCAACAAAUCCAAGGUGAGGUGCCAUGGUGUAUGCUUUUCGUGGAUGACAUAGUCCUGAUCGACGAGACUCGUAGCAGAGUUAACGCUAAGCUGGAGGGUUGGAGACAGACUCUGGAGUCUAAAGCGUUCAAGUUGAGUAGGACCAAGACAGAGUACUUGGAGUGCAAGUUCAGUGAAGCACCUCAGGAGGCUGGCGCGGAAGUGAGGCUUGGUACCCAGGUCAUCCGGAAGAAAAGUAGUUUCAAGUAUCUUGGGUCUAUUAUACAAGGUAGUGGGGAGAUUGACGAUGAUGUCACACAUCGUAUUGGGGCAGGGUGGAUGAAAUAGAGGCUCGCUUCUUGAGUGCUAUGCGAUAAGAAGGUGCCACCACAACUUAAGGGCAAGUUCUACAAAGUGGUGGUUAGAUCGACUAUGUUGUAUGGGGCGGAGUGUUGGCCAGUUAUGUUCUCUCACGUUCAAAAGAUGAAAGUUGCCGAGAUGAGAAUGUUGAGAUGGAUGUGUGGGCACACCAAGAGUGACAGGAUUAGGAAUGAGGCUAUCCGGGAUAAUGUGGGAGUGGCCUUGGUGGAAGACAAGAUGCAAGAAGCGAGACUGAGAUGGUUUGGGCAUGUGAAGAGGAGAGACACAGAUGCCCCAGUGCGG